GGUCCUGCUUCCUCUUGGUCCUGUCGAUGAGGAUUUUUAGACCGUGGAGACUGCGCUGCCCUGCCCUGCACCUUCCCUCAUUCCCCACGUUCUCACUUAAGUGGAGCUUGCCCACUUUCAGCACCGACGAGGAGAUGUGCAAAAGUGUGACCACUGGUGAGUGGAAGAAAGUCUUCUAUGAGAAGAUGGAGGAAGCAAAGCCAGCCGACAGCUGGGACUUCAUCAUAGAUCCCAACCUCAAGCACAAUGUGCUGGCCCCUGGCUGGAAGCAGUACUUGGAGUUGCAUGCCUCAGGCAGGUUCCACUGCUCCUGGUGCUGGCACACCUGGCAGUCGCCGCACGUGGUCAUCCUCUUCCACUUCUACCUGGACCGAGCCCAGCACGCAGGCUCUGUGCGCAUGCGCGUCUUCAAGCAGCUCUGCUACGAGUGCGGCACGGCGCGGCUGGAUGAAUCGAGCAUGCUGGAGGAGAACAUCGAGAGCCUGGUGGACAAUCUCAUCAGCAGCCUGCGUGAGCAGUGCUACGGGGAGCGUGGUGGCCAGUACCGCAUCCACGUGGCCAGCCGCCAGGACACCCGGCGACACCGGGGCGAGUUCUGCGAGGCCUGCCAGGAGGGCAUCGUGCACUGGAAGCCGAGCGAGAAGCUGCUGGAGCAGGAGGCGACCACCUACACCUUCUCCCGCGCGCCCAGCCCGACUAAGCCGCAGGCGGAGGAGGGCUCAGGCUGCAACUUCUGUUCCAUCCCUUGGUGCUUGUUCUGGGCCACGGUCCUGCUGCUGAUCAUCUACCUGCAGUUCUCCUUCCGCAGCUCUGUCUGAGAUUCCUUUGGGGUGGGG